AUGUUUCAUCAUCGCGUGAAACUUGCUUUAAUAACAUCAUCUGGAUGCAUUACAUACAAGCAGAUCACUUCAAAGUGGUUGUGCAAAGCAAUUUUCAAAUCUGUGUUCAAAAAUAAAUACAAGAUUGAGACUCAUAUUCUCACUUUAAACUCGAGAAUCGUAACGGGAAUGUUUGUAAGCAGAGAACCACGACGAACGAUCUAUCAAAUAGUAAUUUUGACUACUUUUAAGGUACCAAUUGAUAUCAUUCAAAACAUUUGA